AUGACGCCGGCGAACGGCGCCCCAGCGCCGGCAGCGGAGGCGGCCCCCCAGGAGGUGGAGUCGGAGGCCGUUGCGUUCCGGCGCCAGGUUGACGACCUCGUCUCGAAGACCGACGUGCUGGAGAGGCGCGUGAAAGAGGUGGUGGACUUCUACGAUGGCAAGAAGCACGGAAGCGGCGGGCGGAAGGGCGGCGGUGGCGGCAGGCACGGGGCAUACUCGAGGGGGAUGCCCGACCUUAUGCGCCAGUUCGGCGUGCUUUUGAAAGAGAUCACCUCUCAUAAAGAUGCAUGGCCAUUUCUGGAGCCGGUGGAUGUUGUAAACCUGCACAUUCCUGACUAUCACAAAAUUAUUACCCAACCUAUGGACUUCUCUACCAUCCAAAAGAAAAUGGAAAGGAAAGAUGGUACCUGUUACACCAAUGUUCGAGAAAUAUGUUCUGAUGUUCGAUUAAUUUUUGCCAAUGCGAUGAAGUACAAUGAUGAUCAAAAUAUAAUCCACUUGAUGGCUAAAUCAUUGCUUGAGAAAUUUGAAGAGAAGUGGCUCCAUUUUCUUCCUAAAGUUGAGAGUGAGGAAAAAAGACAAAAGGAGGAGGAAUCAAAGGGUGUUGCAGCCACAAAUACUUCUCGAGAAGUUGCAAUCGCAAAAUUAGCAAAAGAUACUGAUGAUGAGCUAAAUCAGAUCAAUAGGAAGCUGGAGGAGCUCCGGAAAAUGGUGGUUCACAGAUGCAGGAAAAUGACCACAGAUGAGAAGAGGAAGCUGGGUGCAGGUCUCUGCCACUUGUCUCCAGAUGAUCUUAACAAGGCGCUAGAAAUUGUUGCACAAGACAAUCCUAGCUUCCAAACUAAAGCAGAAGAAGUGGAUCUUGAUAUGGAUGCCCAAAGCGAGACAACCCUAUGGAGGCUGAAAUUCUUUGUGAGGGAAGCGCUGGAACGGCAGGCCAACGUUGCCUCUGGGAAGAUGGACGAAAACGCCAAGAGAAAGAGGGAGAUAUGCAAUGCUCUGGCCAAAACCGCCUCGAAGCGGAUCAAGAAGCAGCCCUAG